AUGUCAUUUGACUUGCCGCAGUUUCAGCAAACUUUUGGGGAACAAGUGCGUGAAAUGCGAGAGCCCAGUGAAUGGAUGGAUCUUAAAAGCCGAGUUGAAGAGGAGAAAUUCCGAAAAUUAAGCGCCGACUUGGAAAGAAGACGAGUUCGAAGGUCUGUCUAUUAUGCCGAGGAAGAGAAAAGAGUUCUCAGGGAACUUGACAACUUACAGAGAGACCAAUAUCGAUUUGAGCGCGAAAAACAACUCCGACUGAGGAAUUCAAUAUCGUCCUUGUACGAAAAAGGGCAUCCGGCGAACGGAUCGCCAAUAGAAGUUAAUACUCAACUACCAAUGGACCGAAAAGCAUUUGGUGGGUCGGCGUCCCUUGCAUUUGAUCCUGCCGUUGAGAAGAAAUCGCGAUCUGCCAGAAAAGCAAGAAAAGAACAUUCUGUGAGUUACAGCGCGACGGGAAAGGUAUCAAAAAAAUACUCAUUGUUCAACAGGUUUCCUUUUAUCGAGGAAGGAGAUGUACAGCAAUUUUACAAGUCCUGCAAGUCUGCUGCGAAGAUCGAGUGUCGGCGAUGGGGAGAGGCUUGGUUUUAUGCUAAAAAUGAGCAAGAGGUAUUUGUGGAUAGCAGAAAACGAUGGACUGCUGUUUUACUGAAAUCCGAAAGAGAAAGAAUGAAAAUUUUAAGUAAAAAAGGUGCGGCAUUGAUGGAUUCUGGGACAGGCGUAAAAACCCACUGUGUCGGUGAUGAAACAAAAAUUUAUGGAGAUACUGAGACGGAAAGCGAUACUAAAAAAAGACAAGGAAGUCUACCUCCUAGUUUUAAAGCGAGGAAAGAACAAAGUUAUGACAAGAAUAGAAGCGUAGAAAUCAAGGGAAACAAAACAUUAAACUUUUAUGAAGCUUUUAGUCUUCCACAAGCACACACGUUCAACACUGGAGAGAGUUCCGUUGACGAGACAACGCGAAACACAGACAAGUCGAUCUCUGAGGAUUGUCAAGAAGUUAGCAUCAAUUCGCUGCAACUGAUUGCAGGGGAAAAAGUGGUAAAAUGGGCGAAGAAAAGUCGAAGUGUUUCUUCUGAGGAGAAUAGGAAAAAAUUAAAGGAAACCUCAGUGAUUCCGAUGCCUGCUAUUCACGAACUUGUUCUAGAGGGAAAAAAUUCAACUUCAGGAGAAAGUUCUAAAACCCUUCCCCGACGUAAACGAACCUUCUGUUUUUUGCCAAAGGUAACGAGGGAAACAUGA